UGGCAAUGCCUCCCGAUUGAAAACCCCUUCCCGUGUCAGAGCGCUUUUCCUCCCGUAUAUCACCAUGGCCGCACCCGCUUUUCCCCAGAAAACGCAUAAGGUCCUCACGACUCUGCCUCCGGGGACAGUCAUCGCGCCCAUACAUGAGUACGAUGAAGACCAGAGGAAGAUGAUGAAGGAUCUCCGGGAGUACGCCGAGACUCUUCGUCUGCCGGACACUGAUUCAUAUGCGCCAUGGGAGCUGCGCUGGCUGAACAAGCCCGACACCAUUCCUCGUUACUGCCGUGCUGCGAAGUGGAACUACCAAGACGCACAGAAGCGGCUCAAGAGCACCCUAGAAUGGCGACGUGACUUCAAGCCUGAUCUUAUACCCCCCGAUGAAGUCAAGGUUGAGAACGAGACGGGGAAGAUCACGAUCAACGGGUUCGACAGGGAUGGACGACCCAUCAUAUACAUGCGCCCUGGUUAUGAGAACACCGAGCGCAGUAAUCGUCAGCUCAGGAAUCUUGUGUGGUGGCUGGAACGUGGCAAAGACCUUAUGCCGCCAGGCCAAGAGUCUCUUGUAAUCAUCGUCGACUACAAGAGCACCACUAUCCGGAAUAACCCCUCGGUGUCAAUAGCCAUCAAGGUCCUGCACAUCCUACAACAGCACUAUGUCGAGACGUUAGGUCGCGCCAUGGUGGUCAACCUACCCAUGCUGCUCAACUUCUUUUACAAGGGUAUCUCGCCAUUCCUGGAUCCCGUCACGCGCGACAAGAUGCGAUUUAACCCCAAUCUCCUCGACUUUAUAGCUCCAGACCAACUAGACGCCCAAUUCGGUGGCGAGCAUCACUAUGAGUUCGAUUUUGAAAGCUUUUGGGCGCAAAUCGUCGAGGCUUGUCGUAUAGCGCCUGAUGGAUCGCGCUUACCAGAUGAUUUGCAACCCUCUACGUUACCCUCUGAUACGGUCAAGGAUGCCCGAGUUGAGACCACUGCCGUGCCAGCGCCGUCAGAGGCUACGUCUACGGCAGAUCUUGUCGAGGAUGCAACAAUGACUCAACCUGCUCAGGUCGCUGUCUCUGCGUAGCGCGUGCUAUUGCCCCACCCUGCGUUGGCAAGCGAUUAAGGUGUCUAUGUAUCUGACUUCAGUAUGCCCUGUUGUAUCGCCGUCGUAUUGUUGUCUUGCACUAUCUAAGUCUCUUCUCGUCCAUCGCGCACGCA